CAAAGUCGUCACGCACAUAAUCCUGUAACUGCUCAGCGGUCUUGGAGCAACAAAGGCACUGCAACGGAGUUUGUACGCAGCUGCACGCAGAGCUCGCAGGCAGAAAUACUGAUACGGCCAAUACCGCACACACGCAUGUAACCUUACUUGCAUCUUCACUCGUCACUUUCGUAGAAGGCGCGAGACACAUCAAUGCGCGCCAUUGCAACAUUCGCCCUCGGGCUGUUGCUUGCUGCGUGUUUGCUACCGGGCACAAAUGCACAAGCAGCAGCUCGUCGUCGUGUGCGGCCUCACCACUAUUCCAUGUUCUCUGAAAAGGCGCCCUGCAUCGUGUUGGAGCGCAAGUACACGCCGUCCCCUCUGGAGGCGCGCUGGGUGGCCGCGGCCAAAUCUUGGAAGGACGGCGGUAACGGCGACGUCAAGGACAUAGCGCCAUACUGCCAGCUGCUGGUGGACACACUGCAGGACAUCAAGCGCAUGUUGCAGCUAGUGGACACGCUCAUGAAGUCCAACACCACGCUCAGCCCCGAGCCGGACGCGGACCAGGUGCUGUCCGUGUUCGUCACCACCAUGCAGUGCGGGCCCUACCAGCUCACCGUCAAGGAGCACGUCGAGUCGCUGGUGGCCGCGCUGCGGCACCCCUUCGCCAUCAAGUGCCCGGCGCCCUUCGAGUCGCAGCUGCCGCCGCAGUCGGACAUGUUCGACAAGGGCUAUGUGCUGCUGGCGGCGUGGGCGGGCGUGCAGCAGGCGGCGCGGAACAAGUUCUACCUGGACGCGGGCAGCGGCAUCGGCUACCGAGCCAACAGCAACCAGUUCUGGAUGGUUGAGAACUACGCCGGCCGAGGUCUGCCGCUGGACCGAGCUAUCUUCUUCGAGGCCAAGACAGUAUCGGGCGCGGAGCCGUUCAAGGACGUGCCGCCCGAGUUGUUCCCGGUGUUCCAGUUCUACAACAUGCCGGCGCCCGAGUCGCUCGCGGACGGACGCAACUUGCUCAACAUGGUCACCCGCCUGGCGCAGCCGGUGGACUUCGUGAGCGUUAAGCUGGACAUUGACGCGCCAAACAUUGAAGACGCCUGGCUCAAGGCCAUCCGGGGCGACGGCAAGACGCCCACCAUCUACACGCAGCUCAUCGAUGAGCUGUUCUGGGAACACCACUUCAAUUUCAGCCCCAUGAUGACCUGCUGCUGGGGCGGGCUGGUGGACAUGGCCAGCCACCUGUACGACUCCAUGCGCUGGUUCCAACAGCUGAGGGAGAUGGGCGUGCGGUCGCACUACUGGCAGUAGGCGGGCAGCAGGCGGGCAGCAGCGAGAGGGAGGAAACGUGGGCCGCACUGCGGGCAGUGGCGAGCGCGAGAGGGAGGAAGGUCCGGUCGCAAUGCUGGCGGCAUCGAGAGAAGGGCGGUCGAGAGAGCCAAACGCGGAGGUGAUGGGGGGGGAGGGCUGGACCGCGUAGCUAGGAAUAACGAGGCGCUGUAGGGGAGGGGUAGCUGACGGCGUCGGGCGGAGGCGCGGCGGGUUGUACCGGGGGUCUUAUCCCUUGGUCCUGCUGGCUCGUACACACGGCACGGGCACAGGCACUGGCACGGACUUGGUGCAGUGGAAAUGGUGGUGUGGUGGUGGUGGUGGUGGUGGUGUGGUGGUGGUGGUAGUCGUGGUGCGCCGGUGGCCGGGAAUGGGUGGAGGCUGGGGAAUGGCCAGGCAAGGGGCUGCCGCAGUUGGAAAGGGGGAUGCAACUCCCUUUUGCAAGGCAGAUAUGCGCGUUGUGUAGCUGAUGAGGCUGAUUGCAGUGUGUGAGAGCGGAGGGGCGGGAGAUGGGGGUUUAGGAUUCCGGGCCGUGGAGGGGCUGCUGCGGGUGUGGCGCGGGAGAGCGGCGUGUCGUGUUGCUGGCGAGGAGCUUCGAGCUCGUGAAAGCUGCAUGGCUGUGUGAGUGUGUGGGGAUGCUUGCUCCAGGCUCCAGGAGCGCAACCUGACCGGGGAAAAACGGAGGUUGAGAGGCCACGCAGGGGCGGCAGGCGAGGGCAGGCGCUGCCACUCGCUAGUGGGCUGUGCGGUGUCGAGUGUGCCGAGGUCAUGCGCUGUAGGAGACUCACUCGCCGAAUAAGUACAUACAGUUUCAAACGUUAAAAUUGGAGUACUGUUCAGCGCCGCGGACAGAGCGGUGGCUGAGAGAGUUGGAUCGUGGGUUCGGAAUUUUUCCGA